GGAAUUUUCCGGAAGGAUUCCUAUUCUUAUUAUUCCAUUGCUCAUCUUAUACGCAGACCACAUGCUAUCAUCAAUGGCUUUCUUUGCAAGAUUAAAGAUAUCCCGCGCUUUCAUUUCCACCUUCCCUUCACCCUUCUUUCACACCAGACUUCUCCAAAGUAGUAGAUUCUCUACGUCACUCUUCUUCUCUCUCUCAUCUACACCCAUUUCCACAAACCCUUCUCGUUCUCCCAACUUCUAUGCCAUUCAACGCCAUUUCACCUCCUCCAACAAAAACAUAGACACCAAACUCAAUUUCUCUCUCUCCGAUUCCGAUUCCGAUUCCAACUCCGAUGACGAAAACACCACAUUAACUAAACCCACCACCACCUACCAGAGUAGAAAACUACCACCACCUUAUGACCCAUUCAGUAAGAAGCCAGCAAUAGAAGAACCCAAAGACCCAAAAGACUUACAAGAGAUUUUCCACAAAAUGAGAAGCGGUGAUGGGUUAAUGAACCAUGCAGUCAAGAUGUUCGACGCUUUGUCCAAACAGGGUUUAACACACGAAGCGUUAGAGCUUUUCGGUCAGAUCAAAGAUAAAGGUCAAAUGCCAGAUGUGGUGGCCCACACGGCCAUAAUCGAAGCUUACGCCAAUGCUGGUCAACCAAAGGAGACUCAUAAGGCUUACAUGAGAAUGCUUGCUUCUGGGGUUUUUCCUAAUGCUUAUACCUACGCUGUUCUCAUUAGAGGACUUGCGGUUAAUGAUAAGUUUUUGAAGGAUGCGAAAAAGUAUGUAGUGGAAAUGUUUGAGAAAGGGAUGAGACCCAAUGCUGAGACGUAUGCUGCUGUGUUUGAGGGGUUGGUUAGGGAGGAGAAGGUGGAUGAGGCUGUGCAGUUGCUGGAGGAAAUGAAGGGUAAGGGGUUUGUUCCUGAUGAAAAGGCUGUAAAGGAGGUUCUCAGCAACAAAAGGGGACCUGUUUUUAGAACUGUCAUAAACAUUCUCUUUGGAAAAUAGCUACUGAAAUGUCUGUGAUUCUGUGUUGUGUGACUGGUUUGGAACAUUUAAUUUUGGAGUGGCAAAAAAUAUACGCACAUUUUGAUUGUUAGUGUUAUUGUUUCAUGACCACUAAUAUCAUUCUCAAUAUUAUAAUCUACAAUUAUGUUUGAUA